UGAAACUAGAGAGCAGACUGUCGUUUCCGGUGGCUUGCAGGCGCAUGUUUUCGCGCCUUUCAAAGUUGACUUGCCCGCUCCAGCUUUAUUCUAUGGCUGCAGUGUGUAGUGCACUUUCGUAACUACGUAGUGUAGACGUGUGCGCGAGUUCUGCCGCUGCCAGCUGUUUCCUGCGCCGUUUAAAAUGCUCUACGCCAAAAUCAACUGACCGGCUCACGGACGCAACAACUCCCACGGCGUCGCACGACGGCGAGGUACGCUGGACGAUUGUUUCGGUCACAGUUUCGUUUUAUCUGCAGCUCGCAAUGAGCAAGUCUAAGGAAGCGGCGGUCGAAAAGGCAAUUCUCGACUACGUCAAAGCUCAGAACCGGCCCUACAGCUCCAACGACAUCUUUAACAACCUCCAUAAAGAGCAUGGAAAGACUGCCGUAGUGCGGGCGCUGGAGCAACUCGCGCAGGACGACAAGAUCAAAGAGAAGACUUACGGAAAGCAGAAGAUAUACUUCGCCAACCAGGAUGAAUUCCCCGACGUUGCAGAGGCCGAGCUGUCCGCUAUGGACCAAGAGAUCAGCGACCUAAACGCUAAGCAUCAAGAGCUGACGAGACAGCUGCAGUCCCGGGAGUCGCAGCUCAGUGCAUUGAGUCAGAGCUUGACUACGGAACAACUCAACGAAAAGAUCGCGUCCACCUUAGCAGAGCAAGACAGGCUGAAAGCGAGACUAGAUAAGCUUACCUCCAAUACGAACUUCGUCGAGCCGGAAGUGAAGGACCGCAUUCUCAAAGACAACGAGAAGUUUGUGAAGGAAUGGCGUAAGAGAAAGCGCUUGGCAAAUGACAUGAUUGAUGCCAUUCUUGAAGGCUAUCCUAAGGGGAAGAAAGCCCUCAUCGAAGAAACUGGCGUCGAGACAGACGAGGACGUCAAUGUGUCUAUGCCAAAGUAGGGGAGAGAAACGUGCGGUGUUUGAGAUGUUUUAAAGUUGUUUCCUUCAAUAUUUAUUUUAUGUUGGCGUUCGACAAAGUUUUGAAUUAAAGACACAAGCCGUGGUCACAA